AUGGACUCAGCCUCCAUCGCCCAGUUCCUCGAGUCAACCUACCCCGAUCCACCAGUCCCGCUAACAUCGGAGCUAGGCCGCGAGAUCGAGGCUAAAUCGCGCGCCGUGGUCGGCCCAAUCUUCUUCACCUCGGUGAUGCCCCGCGAGAUAGGCAUCCUAUCGCCGCGCGCGCAGGAGUACUUCCGGCGUACCCGUGAGGCCUCGCUGGGGCAUCGGCUUGAGGAUCUACUUGAUCUGGAUAAAGAGGAGCAGAGUUGGGACGCGGUAGAGGACGACACGCGUGCUGUUGGCGAGUUGAUGCAGAUGAAUAGAGCUGAUGGGCCAUUUUUGCUGGGCGCCCGGCCGACUUACACGGACUUCUUUAUUGCGGGGUCUCUUCAGUCUGCGAGGGUUGUGGAGGAGAGUGUGUUUCGGAGGUUUUUGAGUACCCUGGUUUUAGGGAGGUUUAUGAGGCUUGUCUGCCGUAUAUGGAGAAGGAGGAUUGAAUGGGUGGAGUUGCAGGUAAAGCCGAGCAGUGUAGUGAAUAAUAUUGCGGAUUGA